CGCGGCAGCUGUGUGAGAUCGCGGCUCGGAGUGUACUGGUCUACGCAGUCUACAGGGUCAGUUCUCCUUGCAACUUCAAGUCUUCGGCACAGUUAUUUCUGGUCCUCAUUACCACGCUCUAUAAAUAUUAGCACCCGUCUCGGAGGGGGGAGCGUCCUAUCGACGUGGUCUCCCGCCACGCCGCAUCGCAGAAGACCUCCUUCACGUCAUCGUACGGGUCUAUCAAACCUCAGUGUUGCAUUUGUAUCAUGCCUAUUGGACAGAGCACUUUCCUUAUCAACAUCUUCUUGGAGCGAAAAUAACAGCCCGAGCUAAAUCAGCAGCGGCACGUCAAGUGGCAGUGGCCAGAGUGACUGGAUCUGCUGGUUGACGGAUUUUGAACCCGCAGCCAUGUCAUUCCUCGCGUGUCAGGUGCGGACGCAGCACGGUUCCCUCGUCGACGCCACCGGACGGCAUCCCGAGCUAUUCUGCGAUUCAUGCCCACGGUGUCCUGUGGCCAACGAGUCUAAUACAAA